UGACACUUUUAUUCGGGAGAAGCAUGUCAUUUUAAAAGCUGCCAUUGUUUUACAAGUAGCACACUACACCUCUGCAAUUAACAUGGGAAAGCAAUUAUUUAUGAUUACUCGAUGAUGAAAUGUGUUGCACAGUGUAGUUUAUGACAAAAGCCUAUAAAUCUUAUCACGAAUAUGUGUGUGCUUCUGAUAAUAUGUACACAUUUAACAUUACAAUGCAACAAUAUGGCCACCGAAUGACAUAACAUUUUAUCAGCCAUCAACAUUUCAUCAAUCAAGUUAAUGUUUUUUACACACUUCACAAAAGUUUAUUUUAUAUUGACAGCAUUCUCUUAGAAAUAACCGUUAGUAAUACUGAGCUCAUAAGACGCACAUCAGAAGUUAAAACAAAGAGAAGCGCAUUUGGGGUUGUCUGGAGAACAAUUGUAAAACAUACUCAGCAUUGAUAAAAACAUCAAGAAUCCUUUAAAAAGAUCAUGCUUGAUGCUCAACGUGAGAAUACACGAUUCUUGUACAGAAAAUAAAAAAACGUGCACUUAAUCAUGAGUGGCCCGGCAAAUUUAGGCCCUGUCCGCACGAACACGGGUAUUUUCAAAACCGCAGCUUUUUCUAUGUGGUUUGGCCGUUCGUCCACACGCAAACGCAGUACCGGUCACAGAAACCGAACUUUUUUUACAAAUCCGGCUAGGGUGACGGUUUUUAGAAAAUCCGAUUUCAGUGUUGUAGUGUAUACGGUAAAACCGGAGUUUUGGCGUAUGACGUUGGAAUCUCCGUUGUUUGAUGUCAGAUUCCAGGCUUCUGAUUGGCCAACACGGCUCUAUGGUUAGGGUUAUAUCGCCACCUAUUGGUUUAGCAUGCUUUACCCUCACAUCCAAAUACAACUCAUUAAAAAAGCCUCUCUGAAACCUCAAAAUCCUCAGAUAAUACACAAGGGUUUAUGCCAUGGCAUCCAAAUGUAUGUAAAUCGUUUGUAAAAUGCAAGUAAUCGUUUAAAUAUUUAAUUGCACACAAAGGGCCUCAUUCAUAAAACACGAGCAGAACAAAUGUUUGUGUAAAUUGUUCAUAAAGUCAUUCUACAUUUUCGGAUUCAUGAAAAUGUUCGUAUUUUCAAAAUGUUAAUUGGUAGGAAAGAAAUGUACACCUGGCUGGCUCCCUACCACGUGUAAAAGGAGCGUAAAAUAUUCAAAAGUUCUGUAUUCUUUUAGACAAACUGAUGACACUGCAUUUGAUGCACUAUGUAUGUAUCAUAAUGAUGUUUCACGACUUCUUUUUCCCAGUCUUUUAUCAUUUUCUACUUCUUAAUUUUGGGUAAAACACAGUGCUGCUCGUCAUUGUCCCUUUUUUACAUAGCCGUCCAAUCACAGUGAAGAAGAGGCGGGACAAAGACUUAAUUGACCAACCAUCAUACUUGUACAACACAACAUUAGAGAAGUUAAUAGGCUUGUUCGACUUGAUGCGGCGCCGCAAGAUCCGACAAACGGAUGACAUCAAAGUACCGCGAGAGCGAUUCGAAAGCAAACUAUUUAUCGUUUUUCGAAUCGCUCUCGCGGUACUUUGAUGUCAUACGCCUGUCGGAUCUUCGGCGCCGCAUCAAAUCGAACAAGCCUAAUAUGAACGUUCUCAAGCGCCACCAGCUGGCCGUUUUUAGAAGAUCACCAAGUAUUAAAAGCGCUUCGGUGGACAUAGUUUAAUUUAUUGAAUUUCCUGAAGGAUCUUCUGGUAGAACGGAGAGUAAACAAGCUUGUUGAAGGUUACCAACCGUCCCAACUUAACGGCAAUUUCUUCUAACUCUUUGCUGAUGGGUGCCAGACCUCCAGGGAGGGCAGGGGCACACCUGUUGGUGCAGGUCUCCAAGAACCCCAAGAGUUCAAAGGAGACAAGCAUGGAUGCUGAAACAGAGCUUUUCUCUCCGAUGGAAGAUAAAAGUGUUCUUGGUCCGAAGAUCCCCAACAUUGCUUCAGAAAAUGAUGGCCGUACCAUCUUAGUGCAUGUACUGGAAUUCAAAACAAGUCUUCUGGAAGCAGUCGAGGAGUUACACAUUCACAGGGAUGCUGAAAAACGAUACGAGGAGCAGAUUUGUAAACUUGUGCUGGAGAAGCAAGAGCUAGAAUGGCAGACGGAGUCCUUACGAAACAAGAUCUCUAGAAUGUCAAAUGAGAAUUCGGAGUCACUUGCUGCUGUAAAAAAGCAGUUUCAGGCCCAGAUCAGAAAAAUCGAGGGAGAAAAGGGAAAAAUCCAGCUUACUGCUGAACUCAAGGACAAAGAGAUCACAAGCCUCAAGGAAGAACUAAAACUGCUGCAGUUGCUCAGGUACAGUUUGGAGAAGAAAUUAGCCGAGCUGGAACAGAAGUUGCAGUUGCAGACGCAGUUGAAAGACAGCCACCUGAAUCAACUGGGAGAGGUGGAGAGGCGCUUCGGCGCCGUAUCCAGACAGUGCGCCGUGGUCAAGCAGGCCCAUGAGAAACUCGAGCAAAACGUUGAAGAGGCCAUGCGGAUUAAUAAAAAACUUACAUCCAUCAAUGUAAAACAAGAAUCUACCAUUACAGCCUUAAAAAAGGAUGUGGAUAGACUUAACAAGGAGCUAGUCACACUGAAAGUAUCAUCAGUCUGCAAACCUGGAGAUGAGCAUCUACAAAAUGUUUUGAAAGAACAGCAGCUUCAGGAAUUUCAACAGAGGCUUCUUGUGGAAACAGAAUUUAACAAGAAACUGAGGAAUGAAACUGCUACAGAGAGGGCAGAGAAGCAGGAGGUAUUGAGGUCCCUCCACCAUACUCACUGUUUGCUUCAGACACAGACAGAAGCUCUGAGCCGAGCAGAGCAAGAACUUCUCACGCUCCAAGAGGAAUAUCAGGUCCUUAAAGCAGAACAUGAAUUGAAUCAGGAGAGGACCAGAGAAGAGCAGGACAGUUUCGCUCGGCUUAAAGACACGUACCAGAAUUCAAAGCUUGAUUGGGAGAAAAAGAUGCUGCAGCUUCAGAAGACGACAGAGGUAGAUCAGGUCGAGCUGAAAGCUGUGAAAGAGGCUUAUAAUCACCUCCAGGAGGAGAAUAAACGGCUGUCUGCUGUCGGUCUAGACCAUAAAGAUAUUCCGAACUCACAGAAUGGUUCAAAACAUCAAGAAAGCCAAACUCUGGAAAGUAGAACAGUUAGUGAGAUCAACCUUGUUAAGCUGGACGUUCUCCAUGAAGAUGAGUCUUUGGAGGAGGACCUGUUUAGUCCGCAUAAUGAUGUGGAACCAACGAGCCGUCCCCUUAAAAGCGUUCCAGAUGAAAGCACCGCAGACUGUCAGAAGGAUAGAGAAGAUCAAGAUGAAAGCCGGUUACUUAAAAUUUCACUGCAGGUGGAUCGAGCAAUAACCGACGUGUCACCAUCCGCAGAACCUGAUAUCUCGGUUUCACGCAUGUCUGAUGAGAUCUCAGGACUUGAGGAAGUCGGUGCCAUGACAAAUCAGCUGUCAAAUUUGUGUGCUGAAACAGAUGUCUGUGACGGAGAGGUGGACUGCAAUGCGGUUGAUAAAGGAUUCCCCUCGAACCAAACCCGAUGUGACGCAGACAGUCCCACCGAGCUAUCAGUUCCGGAAACCAGGUCUGUUUAUGAGGUAGACAGUGACCCUUUGGCUUUGGAACCGAAAGAUGGAACGCUGGAACAGAAUCUGUGUAUUUCUGAUGUGACUGAACCCCAGACAUCAGAUAAACACACAGACAGCCAGCGAUGUGCUACGUCUCAGGAAACAAAGACUGAGUGCACAGAAAUCCUAGACAACCAGACUGCACCUGAAUUUCUCAAGAGUCUGUCACAAACAGAAGAUCAGACGAAUACAAAGAGACUUCCAGAAGACAAAACAUGCGACAUUACACACGGCAUUGUGGGCCGACCGAGUCAAUGGCAGGAAGCCACACACCAGGAAACGGUACCCUUUCAUGAUGCACCUUUAGAUACACACCUUCAUGAGUCCAAAGAUCAAUUCUCAGCACCUGAAAUGAUCUCUACACAUUCAAAAAGUUGUGUUCCAGAAACAGUUGACUCACCUGAAACAAACCUUGUGGAAUUUAAACAGUUGCCGUCAGUUGCUGGCGCUUUGGAACCCUCCGCUCAAUCCAUUUUACCAUCCGACUCAAUGGAGAUCAUAUCAGAAAAUAAAGAUCAAAAAGAUGAUUGUGCUUUUGCUUCAUGGACACGGACUUUGGAAGUUCAACAGAGUGAAGUGGAUGUUUCUAGCGAAGCGGUUUUUGUACAUCCAAACAUUACAAACCCAAACCAAGAUUCUUCCUCAGCUGAUGGUUUUCUGAAUGAUGUUGACCACAAAUGCAUGACAGCGGUGGGUGCUUCAAACCAUGCAGGAUAUAAGAGAUAUCGAUCGUCUUAUGCAUGGGACACGUUUAUAAAAAACAAAAUGAACACGCAGGCAAAAUACGCAGAUAGAAAUUUUGAUCAUUCAGUAGGCAUUAGAAACAACAAACCCAGCUUGGCCUUAACGCCAUCAACAUCCUCCAAAUCAGAGCAGAGAACUUCUGGAUUUCCCGAUUUGGAGUUUGUUUCUCCUUUUUGUGCUCCUCGUUUUACAAAAAAAGCCGAGAUGAAGACCCCUGACACUCCAAACAAGCGUCCCCAUCAAAAAAGCAAUUUCCGAGGAGAAUGGAACGCAAUCAAGCAGUCUUUUUCAGAAAUGUUUGCCGAAAAAGAGAGUCCAUUUCUUAUCCCCUACAGCUCGACUCUGAGUGGCAUCCCGGCCUCUUCUUCUGUGGGUAAUGGGCUGCGACAAGACGGUACUCCUACCGUUUCUACUCCCAAACUGCAGAACCUGGAGACAGAAACUCGACCUGUGGAUGAAGGAGUAACAGCUCAUUCAGAAAGCAAAGAGGAACAGAGUCAGUCUGACAUAGUGGCCCAGAUUGCGAAAAUCGACGAAUUGAUGUCAUCGGAAGGUUCAACACCUCAUAAAAUACGCAAAUUAGAUUAAAUUGAAUAUGAAAUUGUUACUUGGCAGUGGAAUACAUUUUAUGCUUAAGUAAUGUUACUUGAAGUGGUUCAAUAUUUAUUUUUGAAAAUCCCUGUAUUAAUGUUAAUUGUUUACUAUGUUUCUAGUGGCCAUUAAAUAAAUGU